AUGGGAUUGCUCGAAAUAUUAAAAAAACUAUUUAACAAUAAAAUUGUUUUAGUAUCAUUACCAUUUUUAGUUUCAAGUUUAUUUUUUUCUUUUUAUUUAAAUAUUUUAAAAAAUAAAACUAAAUUAUUACAAGAUAAACUCGAAGUUGAAAAAAAGAAUAAAUUACAUGAACAAAAGAAAUGUGAAGAACAAAGACUUGGUAGAACAAGAGCUGAAAGAGAAUUAAGAAGAGUUGUAAACUCAUAUAAAGAGGAUAGAGAAAAUAAAAAUGUUGAAAGACCACCAGAUUACCCACCAAUUGGAUUUUUAGAAAGUUGUUUUAGAGAAAGAAAUGGUACACCAAGACAAGGUUUAAUUGUUACAAAAGGUAAAGCCAAAUUAAGAUUAAAAACAAGUGUUAAUCCAAGCUAUUCAUUAGAAGGUUUAGAGCAAUAUAGUCAUUGUUGGUUAAUUUUUAUUUUCCACGAAAAUACCAAUACACUUAGACAAGUUAGAGCUGAUCGUCCAGCUAAUGGUGUAAAAGCAAAAGUUGCACCACCACGUCUUGAUGGCAUUAAGGUCGGAUUAUUUUCAACAAGAACUCCACAUCGUCCAAAUCCAAUUGGUCUUAGUGUAGCAAAGAUUGAUAAAGUUGUUGGUGAUACAAUUUAUUUAUCAGGUAUCGAUUUAAUUGAUGGUACACCAAUUUUAGAUGUUAAACCAUAUUCAGUUCAUGAUUCAGUUAAAAGUGUUGUUAAUCCAGCAUGGGUUACCCAACCAGUAGUACCACCACUCGAUGAUGUUAUCAUUUUAGAUGUUGCAAAAGAUCAAUUACGUGCAUUUGUAGAUUCAAAAAAACUUAAAUUCUAUGACAACUAUCAAGAUAUCGAAACAUGUAUUAUUGAAGUACUCACCGAAGAUAUUAGAUCAGUUAGAAAGAGAAAGUCUGAUAAAUUAAAAGAUAUUAAAAGUAACGAAUCAAACCAAGAUAACGAUGAGAAAGAAGAUGAUGGUCAACCAGAAAAACAUAGAUUUAGUAUCGAUAUUUUAAAUGUAAGAUUCACUGUAGUAAACCAAGUUGCAACCGUUUUUGAAAUUUUAGAAGACGAUGUUUUAAAAGGAAAUCAAGAAAAUAUUUAUUUACCAUCAGAUAUUUAUAAAAAAAAUGAAAAUAAUAACGAUGACAAUAAUGAUAACAAUGAAACAAACAACCCUUAA